AAGAGGCAAAAACAAAAGGAAGAUAUAGAGCAGUGAAGUGAAGCAGACAGUAGAAAGAGCCAGCGUUCAUAAAUGGAGAAGCUUAAAUGUUUGGUUCCGGAGAGCCUGAAGCGGAGGGUGGCGGAGAGCAGUAUCGAUGAUCUUCCUUCACUAUCGUCUUCACUGCUCCAAUAUUUCCUCAGUUUGCCACAAUUUCACCAGUUGAUAUCAGAGUUGGCAGCAGAGCCAUCGACCCAGGCCGGUCUUUGUGCUAAGAACAAGGGCGCUGCUUUGGAGUUGAAGCAAAAGGGAAAUCAAUGCUAUUCCUCUGGAGAUCACUCCCAGGCUUUGCGUUGCUAUUCUAAGGCGCUUCGUCUUUCUCCCAUUGACGCCUACGAAACUGGCAAGAAUCUAGUUGCCACAUUGUAUUUAAAUCGUGCUUCUUUAUUUCACAAAAUGGGCCUGCCUAUGGAGUCUCUUCGAGAUUGCAACAGGGGUCUAGAAAUUUCUCCUUCCUAUCCUAAGGCGUGGUAUAGGAGAGGUAAGGUAAAUGCUACACUGGGCAACUAUAAAGAUGCAGUCCAUGACUUAACUGUUGCUAAGAAUAUGGAGACAUCUCUAGGGGGAAAGAAACAGAUAGAAAGUGAACUGGAAAUACUUGCACAUGAUCAUGAGAAUAAAAGUGCUAAACCAGUUCACCAGAGCCAGAAAUUUGUACGAAUUCCAGAUGUGCCACAACAAAUAAAACUACAGUGUGUAGAAACAGCAGACAAAGGAAGGGGAAUGAUUUCACAAUUUGACAUUCCUGAAGCUUCCUUGAUUCAUACCGAAGAACCUUAUGCUGUGGUCAUUUUGAAGCAGUACAGGGAAACCCAUUGCCAUUAUUGCUUGAAUGAACUACCACCAGAUACAAUUCCCUGUGUUUCAUGUUCGCUGCCAUUGUACUGUUCCCAGCAUUGCCAAAUGCAAGCAGGUGGACAAAUACAUGUAAAUUAUUCUAGUAAAAUUAACAUCCACAAAAAGAAGCCCAACUGUAAUGAAGAGUAUCCAGAUAUAACUGGAGGCAGCGAUUGCGAUCCAAAACUUAACCACAUAUCAGAACAUAAACAUGAAUGUCAAGGUGUGCACUGGCCUGCAAUAUUGCCUUCUGAUGUAGUUCUGGCUGGUCGAGUAGUAGUGAAAUCCAUGGAGCAGAAAGGAAAAUUUACUGAUGUUCCUAAUCUUUCAGAAUUUUUGGGGCUUUGUGAGAGUUAUUCAAAAAUGCUACCAGAAAGCAAAUUGGAACUACAUAUAUAUUCCAUUGUAUUGUUAUUUUGUCUCCAACGCUCGUACAGUUCUGAGAUGUCAAUUAAUGGGAACUCUACAUCACAGAUUGUCAUACUUCUAUCUCAAAUUAGAGUGAAUUCUAUGGCAAUUGUCCGUAUGAAAUCCAAUGAUUUUCAUGACCAGCAAGAUUGGUUUCAAAAGUUAUCCUCUGGUGAGGCAGAUGUAGCUAGUAGUGUGGAACAGGUCAGAGUAGGUCAGGCUCUUUACAGAGCUGCCAGUUUGUUCAACCAUUCCUGCAAACCAAACAUUCAUGCAUAUUAUAUUUCGCGUUCACUCUUACUACGAACAACAGAAUUUGUAGCUGGUGGUUGUCCCCUGGAAUUGUCUUAUGGACCUCAGGUUGGGCAAUGGGACUGCAAAGACCGCCUUAGAUUUCUUGAAGAAGAGUACUUUUUUCGAUGUUGGUGUCGUGGUUGUUCCAAAGUGAAUGUAUCUGAUCUUGUAAUUAGUGGAUUUUGUUGUGUUAAUCCAAAUUGUUCUGGAGUGGUUUUAGAUAAUCUUGUGGCUAACUGUGAGAAGAAGAAACCUAACAUUCUAGAAACAAUCAGCAACGAGUCUCAUUUGCAGGUAUACGAGUCAGAUGAUUCUGACGUCAAGAAAGUGGCUCACAUAUCACUUGAUCAAACACAUAGUUCUCUCCAUAUUGAUCCCGGGUAUUGUUUGAAAUGUGGUUCCUAUUGCAACUUUUCAUCUAGGAGUGAAGAAGUUAAAAAAGCUUGGAUUGAUCUCAGAAGAUUGCAGGAUUCGAUAGCUUCCAAAGAUAUGUGCAGUACUAGUCUCCCUGAUGCCUUGAGAUCUCUUUGUAUUUUAAGAUCAGUAUUGCAUGCUUAUAACAAAGGCAUUGCAGAAGCAGAAGACAUUCUGGCAAAGGCAUUUUGUUUUAUUGGAGAUUUUCAGAUAGCUAAAGUCCAUUGUAAAUCAUCGAUUGAGAUACUGGAAAUGCUAUAUGGGUCCAAUCACAUUGCAAUUGGAAAUGAAUUAGUUAAGCUUUCAUCAAUUGAGUUAGCCUUGGGUGAUUGCACUGCUGUCAACAACAUAAAUCGAGUGAGUGCUAUAUUUUCUAAAUAUUAUGGGCCACAUGCAGCCACUAUAUUUCCUUACCUACUGGUUCUUGAGAGAGAAAGUUGCCGUGUUGUUAGCUGAAAAUGGAAAAACCUUUUCUCUCUCUCAUCAAUCAGUAUCCAUUGCUGUUGUUUCUGUAAGCAUCUUUUGGCAAACUGAUACCUCAUAUUUCAUAGUCAUACCACCCC